AUGGCCCCCUCUGCCGUUGCAGCUCCAUUUUCGGACGCAACGCCCUCUCUUCCGAGCACAGUUUCGCUCAAGAUGUCGGUCAAGAAGGAGGCUGCCGGACCGGCGCCAGCUCUCGGUGCCGUUCCCGUUGUCGACCUCUACUCUGGCAGCGCCGACAGCCUGUCUACCGACUCCACAGACGACCAGCUGCGCCGCCAGAUCGUGGCUGGGCUACAGGCCGACCAGCUCGUCAUCCCGGGCAAGGCCGGCGAUCCCGAAGACCUCAAGUUCUCCUACCGCAAGACGCUGCCUACGACCAUCCUGUACGACGAGCAGGGCCUCAUCCUCUACGACAAGCUCACCGCAGCUCCUGAAUACUACCUGUACAACGCGGAGCUGCAGAUCCUCAAGGACCAUGGACCAGAGAUCGCUCUGCGAAUGUUUGGUCAUCCCACUGCAUCACCCGGCACCCUCAACCACACCACUCUGAAGAGCGGUCAAGAACCACCUCGGGAUCAGAAGGAUUCCGAGCGCGAAGAUCCUCUGCCCCCGCAGCGCGACGCAGGUAAGUCUGGCAAAGAGAGGUGGGGUGACAGCCAGGUCGGACGCUUCAAUGGAGGCGUCAAUGCCGAGGAAGGCCUCGACGGCGAUCGAGCCGUGGGGGCCGGUUCUCUCGUCGAGCUCGGUGCAGGCUCUCUGAAGAAGACGAUCCAUCUCUUGCGUGCUCUCAAGCUGCUUCCUGCACUCGCUGGACGCGGACCGAGCGUUCACUACUACGCCCUUGACCUCGACAAGGCCGAAUUGGAGCGCACUCUGCGUGACCUCCGACAGCAAGAGGCUGUGCAGGGCGACGACGGUACCUGGACCGUUCACGGAGGAAAGGUCGGUAUCAACGGCUUGUGGGCCACGUACGAUGCGGGCCUCGACUUCAUCGGCCGAGGCGGCCUCAAGACGGCGUCGACUGCGGCCGGCGCUCACGAGGAGGGUCAGCGAUGCCUACUUUGGCUCGGCUCGAGCAUCGGCAACUUUGACCGCAAGGCUGCCGCCGAAUUUCUCGCAAAGACGGCCCGCGACAGCAUGCGUCCCGGUGACACGAUGCUCAUCUCGAUCGAUCGCCGCAACAAGCCGUCCGAGGUGGCGCUGGCCUACAACGAUCCGGCCGGACUCACCCGCGACUUUAUCCUCAAUGGGCUGGACCAUGCAAACCGGGCGCUCGGCGGCAACGCUAUCGAUAGCAGCAAGUUUGAGUACUUCGACCGGUACAAUGCACGCGAGGGACGCCACGAGUCGUACUAUCGUGCAAAGGUGGCGCACGAGAUUCGCGUGCCAGGCCUGGCCGACACGAUCAAGAUGGAGCAAGGCGAGCUCAUCCACAUGGAGGCGAGCUACAAGUUUGGCGAACGAGAGACGCUCAAUCUCUUCGACUAUGCGGGUCUGAGAGUGGUGCAGCGCUGGAGCGACCAGACGGAUCGCUAUGAUAUCUGGCUAGUCGAGAAGCCUGCCUUCCACUUCUCCAAUUCGGCGGCGUGCCCGGAGCUCCUGUCCUCCAAGACGGCUCCGCAGCAGCAAGAGACUCAUCCGAACAGCAACGCCGCAGAGACGAUCAUCGACGAUGGUUGGGGAGGCAGCAAUCUGGACGAGAUGGCGCAGAAGGCUCCUGCGGCUGGCCUGCCCAGCCUUGCGGACUGGAAGACCGUCUGGGACGCCUGGAACUGCGUCACUCUGACCAUGAUCCCCCAGGACAAGCUGCACGAGAAGCCCAUCGACCUUCGUCACAUCUGCCUCUUCUAUCUUGGCCACAUUCCGGCGUUUGUUGACAUCCACAUCUCGACGUACCUCAAACAGUCCCACACCAACGAUCGCUUUUCGGCCAUCUUUGAACGCGGCAUCGACCCUCACAUGGAUGACACCACCAAGUGCAAUCCGCACAGCGAGGUGCCGACCAACGCUGAAGACUGGCCCGCGCUGGAAGAGAUCCUCGAAUACCAGCAGACGGUGCAAAGCAGGGUGGACCGAAUCUACGAAGACAUUGGCCGCGGCGAUCUGGUGCUGAACCGCCGGCUCGCGAGGAUGCUUUGGAUGACGUUGGAGCACAUCAACCUGCACCUGGAAACGCUGCUGUACAUGCUCAUCCAGUCGCCCAACACUCGACCGCCUGCAGGCUUCAUGAUGCCGGACUGGCGAUCGCUUUCACAGCAAUGGGCUGUCCAGUACGAUCAGCGCGGCGGGCCCAAGUCGCUGGAACAGCGCUUCCACUUCGAGGCGUCCUCGGUCGAGCUCGGCCAUGACGACGAUGACACCAAGGAUUUCGACUUUGUUGCCCGGCAGGCGUCAGGCGACGUGAGCGAGCUGAACGCUCAGCUCGGCCAGCCCGAGUUCGGCUGGGACAAUGAGAAUCCUCGCCGUAAGGUGGACGCCAAGGCGUUCUCGAUCUCGGCGCUGCCCAUCUCCAACGCGCAAUAUCUCGACUUUCUCGAGGCCACCAAGAGCAACGAUGCUCCGGCCUCGUGGAUGAAAGGCGAGGGCGGCAAAGACUAUCUCGUUCGCACGUUCUACGGUCCCGUUGACAUGUCGGUAGCCCAGCACUGGCCUGUACAGGCGUCGGGCACCCAGCUGUCGGCCUAUGCGAGCUGGAAGGGCGGUCGACUGCCAACGCAAGCAGAGCUCCGCAAGCUGAUGGAUGCACCGCCCGAAGCGCUGGUCCUCGACUUGACCGUGCCGCCAUUCCAUCGAGACUCGACUGAAGAGCAAGCCGAGGUCAACGACAUUGAUCCACCAGGCAAGCAGCCCGCCCCCGUGCGUGGCUCGGCGGUGCGGUACGUGCCGCGCGAAGAGCAGUCGGAGGAGGACCUCAAGUGGAUGCGCGAGGCGCUGGCCAUGGCUCAAGAGGCUUUGGAUGCCAACGAGGUGCCGGUCGGUGGCGUAUUUGUGCGCAACGGAGAGGUGAUUGCACGCGGUCGCAACCGCACCAACGAGCUGCUCAAUGCCACCCGACACGCCGAGCUGGAGGCGAUUGACCACAUCCUGUCGAUCAUGCCGCCGUCUGCAACCGACUUUGCCGUGGCUCCUCAUUCGGGACCCGAAGGCGACAAUCCAUUCAAGGACACGACGCUCUACGUGACGAUUGAGCCGUGCAUCAUGUGCGGCGCGGCGCUUCGACAAGUUGGAAUCGGGCGCGUUGUGUUUGGUGCCGGCAACGAGCGUUUCGGUGGCAACGGCAGCGUGCUGGGACUGCACGACGACGACGCCAUUGUGAGCUCGCCUGGGUACGAAUCGGUCGGCGGAUAUCUGCGCGACGAGGCGAUCAUGAUGCUGCGUCGCUUUUAUGUGACGGAGAACACGAACGCACCCAAGCCGCAGAACAAGUCACGCCGGGUGCUCAAGACAGAGAUCCACCCGCCGGGCAUCUCGAUGCACGGACCUGGCACGGCAGCAGGCAGCGGCGAAACUGCAACGGCAGGUGGCAAGCGACGCGGGUCGCAGAAUCCAACGCAGGGCCAGGCGGCGCCGUGCGCCAACGUGGGCUUCCGCAACUGGCACCCGGUACCAGCGACGCUGCCGCGCUACGACUCGGACGGCACGCUACUGCCUGGCCACAAUGGCGGUGUGUGGGAGUGGACGAGCACAGUGUUUGCCGAGUACGAGGGAUUCCAGUCCUCGACGCUGUAUCCAGGCUACAGCUCUGACUUUUUCGACGGCAAGCACAGUGUGGUGCUGGGCGGCAGCUAUGCGACGGCGCCUUCGAUUGCAGGGAGAAAGACGUUUGUCAACUACUACCAGACCUGCUACCCCUACAUUUUUGGUGGUGGACGGGUGGCGUGGGAUAAGUGA